CACAGUGACUCAGCAGGACUCACAAUGUAUAAAAACCACUCCUAACAAGGAUUUCACAACCGGCUCCUGUGUCAAACACUCAGCUCCUCGACUGAAUCUAUCCAGACAUCAACUAAACAAUGCCAGGAUACGUACUGACCUACUUCCCAGUCAGAGGACGGGCUGAGAGUACGCGCCUCCUGCUGGCAGAUCAGGGAGCGGCAUUGACGGAGGUCGAAGUGCCGAUUGCUGAUUGGUUCUCAGGAAAGACCGAUCUUAAAAAGAAUGCUGUCUUCGGUCAGCUGCCUAAGUUCCAGGAUGAAGAUUUUGUUUUGUAUCAGAGUAACGCCAUUCUGAGAUACCUGGGACACAAACAUGGACUUGCUGGCAGCAAUGAUAAGGAUACUGCUCGGAUUGACAUGGUGAAUGAAGGAGUGGAAGAUCUGAGACAGAAAUUCGGCAAGCUGGUAUUCUUUGAAUUUGAAACAGGAAAAGAGAAUUAUAUCAAGAAUUUGCCCAACCAACUGGCUCCUUUUGAGAAAAUUCUCUCUCAAAAUAGCAAUGGAACCAAAUUUGUAGUAGGCAAUAAGAUCUCAUAUGCUGAUUACAAUCUCCUGGACAUCCUACAUUGCCACCUCGACCUCUCCCCAACGUGUCUGACCGCAUUCCCCCUGCUUGCUGCCUACACGGAACGCCUUGCAGCCCGUCCACAACUCAGCACGUACCUGAAAUCCGAGAAACGUAACAAACGCCCAAUCACUCCCAAACAUAAACAAUAAACUAAAUGUUUCAUUUAAAUACCUGUCUAUAUACCUCUGUAGCAACAACAUCCUUUUACCAUAAACACCAGGAAAUGGCUCAUUAUUUUGUCAACUGAAUAAACUUUUUUUUGUUUUUUUAAA